GCCUAUCGUUCCCUCCUAUUCUCUCUCACUCCUUCUCUCUGUCGCCGCUCUCGUGCCCGAAAAACUAACUCUUGCGAAACCCUAAGUUUCCUUUGCCGUUAGAUUUAUAAUUUAAUCCUUGCAUUAGAUAUCGUCUGGUUCUCAAAAGUUGCAGUCUUUUCGGAUUCACAAAUUCUCUUUUUACCUGUUUAUCGCCUGUUUCUCGGUUGAAGAUGGCGAUUUGAUUGUACGAUUCGUUAGGGGAAGACAAAGGUUCUGUCUUUCUUGCUUGAUUUGCGCGUGCAAGGUCAAUAAAUCUGGAAAAGGUUGUUUUCUAUGCCUGCCCGCAAUCUGUUUGUUGUUUUGUUCUAUGGACACAUGACGGUCUGAUGAGUUUUGUGAUUCAUCUUUGACUUCUGCCUGCAACGAAAUAUAGGAUUCCUUUUCACUGGGAUAGGAAGAUAGGAAGGGAUCAUGCUAUCUGUUCAUACCAUUCGUCGAAUUUGUGCUGCGAUUGAUGCCUUUAGUGUGACUUUUAUAGCUGCCACUCUCUCGAGGUCAAGAAAGAAAACCGAUCUUUCAGUUUUGGCUAACGAGUCUAACAAUCCUGAAAAUUUCCCUACUAUCGCUGCUUGCAAAGCUUCCGUUUUGAAUAAGCAUCACAAGCUGAAGCCUCAAGUCGAGAUAGAGUCCUCGUCAACCAACACUGUUUCUGAUCCCUUACCCAUCAGUGAGCCUGCCAUCGUGAAGCUUAAGGCAGAGAAGGAUCCAGAGAAGCUCUUCCACCUCUUCAAAUCAAAUGCACAUAACCGUCUUGUAGUCGAAAAUCGUUUUGCAUUUGAGGACACAGUAUCCCGCCUUGCUGGAGCUCGCCGAUAUGACCUCAUCGAACACUUGCUCGAGCACCAGAAGACUCUUCCCCAGGGUCUUCGCGAAGGAUUCAAUGUUCGGAUCAUAAUGCUAUAUGGGAAAGCUGGUAUGCCUGAUCACGCCUUGCAGACAUUCCAUCAAAUGCAUCUAUUUGGAUGUCCCCGCACCGUCAAAUCAUUCAAUGCCACACUUCAGGUCCUGUCACAAGCCCGCAGAUUUGACGAUGUCCAUACGUUUUUCAUUCAGUGUGCUAACAAGUAUGGGAUUGUGCUCGAUGAGAUUUCAUAUAAUAUUGUCAUCAAGUCAAUGUGUGAAAUGGGUCGUUUGGAUUCUGCUUACUUGGUAAUGGUGGAGAUGGAGAAGGCUGGGCUGAAACCAGAUGUUGUCACAUACACGACGCUGAUGUCUGCAUUCUACAAGCAUGGACGUCGUGAGAUUGGUGAUGGGUUAUGGAAUCUCAUGGUGCUUCGGGGUUGUUCACCGAAUUUAGCUACUUUUAAUGUUAGAAUACAGUUCUUGAUCAACCGAAGGAGGGCUUGGAAAGGCAAUGACUUAACACACUUAAUGUGUAAUGCUGGUAUACAACCAGAUGAAAUGACAUAUAACUUGAUCAUCAAAGGUUUUUGCAUGAUUGGUGAGCUUGAGAUGGCCAAGCGGGUUUUCUAUGCUAUGCAUGGAAGAGGAUGCAAACCAAACAGUAAAAUUUAUCAAACCAUGGUUCAUUACCUCUGUGAAGGAGGGAACUUUGAUUUGGCAUUCAGGUUGUGUAAGGAUAGCAUGGAAAAGAAUUGGUUUCCAAGUGUUGGCACCAUUGAUAAGCUGCUAAAAGGCCUUAUGAGUACCUCAAAAGACCGAAAUGCCAGGGAAAUCAUGAAGUUGGUUAAGAAAUCAUCCUGGAUUGGCUGCUGAGGCUUGGGCUCUUUGGGUUCAGUGUCAGAAUCAUCUGAUUGUGAGAACGCCAGAUGGUUGAAUUUCAGGUCUCGAGAUGAAACAGAGAGGUUCGCUGUUGAACAGAUUAAAUAGCAAGAUUUGUGCAUCCAGUUGCUGAAAGAAAUUCAUGAGUGUCAUUCAGUUAAUUAACCAGAUGGUGUAUCUUACAGAAGGUGACUUCUCAAAAUUCUCCUUACAGGAUGAUUCCUUCAAUUGCAUUCCUGGCAAAUGAUUGCAAGGAACUGAGAGAAAGUCUGAGAAUGGUAGAGCCACUGCAUUUAAUUGCACUGGUAGUAUUCUGCAGCACGCUCAAUCGAAAAUGUCUUCUGGAUUAGGAAUCAACCAGCUUCAUAUGGUCCAUGAGGGUUAGCAACAACCUGGAGGCCGAAAUGUUCGUCUUCGUGACUUCAAAAAUUGCCACUCGGUGACAAUUCUAAUAUGGUCCAGAAAAUGAUCUUGUCACAAAUUGGAAUGUUUUUGCCACUAUGGAAGCAGGAGCCAGAGGGACAGAAACCAAUUAAAUAGACAUGUAGUAUCUCAAUGCUCCUCAUGUCCAAGUCUAAAUUUUUAUCAGUUAGGUUUUACUUGAGAUGUUUUGGACUUGGAUUUAGGAUACUUUAAGAGAUUUCUCUUCAUUGUAGUUUAUUUUUCUCACAUUGAAUAAUCUGGACUUUUCUUUAUGGAUAUAGAUAAAGGGAAUCGAACUAUCAUGUAAA